AUGAUUUCUCCAUUCAGCACAACCGGCCUCUCAUGGGCACUGUUCUCAACGGCGGCUGUCGUUAAUGCUGUGCCUCAUGCGCUUCUCCGUCGAGACGACUCGUACGAAAUUGUUGAUUGCGGAGGUAACACGGACAGGAUCCAAAAAGCUCUUGACGAUGCUGCGGCAUUGGCUAAAAUUGCGGAGGGCAUUGACGAUGAAAGCACUGCCUUCACACAUUACCUCCGCAAGGACGACAAAAGCCACGCGACGGACCUCUGGGCAACGAUCGCAAUGAAUAACGAUCCUUCCACUGCCCCCUACCAGUUCACCAUACGCUGUGUCAAUAGUUGCACUGGAGAUGAGGCCAACAGCCUCGCCGUCACCGACGCGACACCGCCCAUCGACGACGUCCCCCGCCGCGAGAUGAAGAUCUGCCCGCUCUUUUUCACGUCCGCCAGGACCGCGAACAACCUCGACUCGAAGAAUUACGACGGCGACAAGCGCGGCAGCUGGUGCCAGACGGGUCAGAAGUUCAAGGACUUUGAGACCGCGGGCCACACUAUCCUCCACGAGAUGACGCAUCUUGAUGCGGUGGGGACGGCGGCCGGCAUGCCAGAGCGGGCCCAAGACGGCUUCAGGUCACACGGCACUGACGAUGUGGUUGGUUACGGCGAUGACUAUGUUGAUGCCGCCCGUGCUUUCCUGAGUGACUGGGUUAAUCACGAGGAUGAGAUGCAUCCGAAUGCUCUGAAGCCUUACCAGAAUGCAGAGAACAUCGCUGCUGCUGCCACCGAAUGGUGGUUCCUCCAAAGCUGCAAGGACACUCUCCAGGAAAUCAGCCUUUGA